AUGGAUUUCUACCGACGCUUCCAGCAAAACAAUUACCCACCUCGUCCCUCACCUUUAGGAAGCUCAAGCUCUCAAGAACCCCAAGAACAUCCUCGCUCAUCCACAUCUGCUCAAGAUACUCACACGCGCACAACCCACCCGAUAAACCGUUACGAAUACUCAUCGAACGUCUACGGUGUAUCGCGCGCGCCUGCUGGACCCGGGCCUGGAUCUGGACCUGCACCUGCACCUGGACCAUUACGAGGCCAGAGUAGUAGUGCACAUACCUCUCCGUCCAGAAGUCAUCCCGCCCAACAUCGCCGUCAUGCCAGUUUAGAGACACGACAGUAUACCCAUGCCCACAACGAUUCCCCUCAUUUUCAAGGACAGCAAGAACAAUCUGCCCCUGCUUUCGGGAUCCGCCAGAUGCCUCCCCCGUCACCUCCUCAUAGCUAUGCCUCAAACGCGUCCGCAUCAUCCCUACCUUCACGCGAUGUGCCAGGAAGCCAGGCUCAUCGACCGGGCAGUAGUAUGUCGAUAUCCGCCAUGCUAGGCUCGGAGCCAGAACGUCCGGCUAGGGAUACCGGGUCCUCGAUGUUUUCACGACCGUCGGGAUCACCCAUGUUCGGUAGCGCGCCAACAUCGGCCACCGCCAUGUCGCCCCCCACCGCGCGAGCGCGACCAUCGCCUCUAGAUCAGUCUCUCUAUCGUCGAUCACAUACCCCAGAGACCACCUACUCGAGGCCCCCAUUAAAUCGACCCUACCGAUCUGGCUCCGGUGGUGGAUCCAGUCUUUUGAACGAGCAAUCAAAAUUUGGCGGCCUAUCACGCGCGUCGCCGUCACAAUCACACUCUACUCAUCCGUCCCCGCAGAUCCCAACUGCGGAGCCACCUUCUAACGGACCACGUCGAAUGAGCUUCAGUGGCCCUAUCGCCAGACCCAACAGCCAGCCGCUUAAUGUGGAGACGUCAACGCGACCGCCGAGGUAUAGUCCGCUGUCGCGUUCUGGUGCCGGCCUACCAGAGCGAUACGAGCCUGGGCAGAGGGUUUCUACAGUAUAUGGAGGACCAGAUUCCCUGGGACGAGAUCCCCGUACUCAAUUUGGUAACUUGUUUGGGGAACGUAGCUCGGAAGACAAUGCCCUCCGGGAUCGCGAUCGUGCAAUGCAUGGGGCCGAGGGAAAAGGCGCACUUUCUGGAGCACUUCGAUACACCAGCUCUAUAUAUGGCGAACGGGAUCCUCUCGACCGCCAUGUAAGCACCUCAACAUGGGACCAGGGUCGCUCACAUCCACCCUCUCCAGAGAUCAAGCGCUUUCCCGCGCCAGAGUCGGGACCGGCAUUUGGCUUCGGUGCCAUACAAAGCUACACUAAAUCUUUGGGAUCGCAACCAGGCGGUAGUAGACAGCCUCCUAUCUCCUUGCAAACCGGACACGUCCAGACUACCGCUUCCCCUCAUGAUUCACCGUAUCCCAGCAAACAACUACCUCCUCAUAUGGGCUCAACUCCCACUACCGCGGCGUCAAUUGGGUCUGCCUUGCUUGGGCUGGCCACUGCUGGCGAGGAAGGGCGGCGCAAGGGCAGUGAAGAACUUCUGCAUCACCGUAGCCUCCUUGCAGUGGGUGUCGACGGCAAGCGCGGCGGACGAGCAUCUCCGCUCCCCCAGGCAGUGCAGGGCGCACAGGCUCCGUUUAUCGGUGCAUCUGGAGAACCCGGCAUUAAGAACGAGCUUGGAAGGGUAUUCUCGGGGAUAGGUAGCGGCGUCGGGGGUGUAACGGGAGCCUCUGCUGGCAGCGGACCGUCGACACCGCUCAUUGCCAGCCCUUUCAAACACGAUAGUCUUGCCGGUCGGUCUAUGAAUGGGGAGGAUGAUAAGAACCCUCGGCCAGCAUCUGACACUGGGCGACGGUCGAGGAAAUCGCGCGAUGAGGACGCGUCGGAGCAUGAUGUUGCUGGGCUCUCUGCCAGAACCCGUCGAGCUCGGCAUGCGCAUCCUCAUCAUCACCAUCACCAUCAUCACCAUCGUCAAAAAGUGGACGAGGAAGCUGCCGCUUUGGGUCUCCAUCGGCCCAUGUCUACUGCCUAUUUUGGUCGAACAUCUACUCCUUCGGACUCACAAGGUGGGCAUCACCACCAUCACCAUCACCAUCACCACCAUCCUCUCCGCCCUACCAUUGCCGCUACUUCUCCCAUACGGGAGCCUCGUACCAUGGUCAAUUUGAAGCCACUACUAUCAAGUGUGGCUCACCUACCACGACACCAUCUCGGAUCAACAUUGUAUGCGCCUCGUAUCGAGACUCCUUCUGAAAGGGCCUCCUCGGAAAGCUCCAAGUUUGGUUACGCGACUACGCCGCAGCCUCUCCCGCAAUUUGAAAAACGUGAAAACUGCACGUUCACCGUGCGCGUUCCGCGUUAUCGAAUUGCCGCGAGUCAUCGCGAGGAGAUCUGUGCGCGACGAGCCCUCUGGGGCACUGGCGUAUAUACAGAUGACUCAGAUCCUGUCGCCGCCGCCAUCCACUCUGGAUUCAUACGAGGCGCCUGGGGCGAUGAUGUGGAUGAGUCUAUGCUAGAUCUAGAAAUCAAGGAUACCUAUGAGCAUGCCCCCCAACUAGAUACGGAUACUUCCAACGCUGCCGGCCCUCGAUUCCCGCCUCUUCCUCCUCCUGAUCGAGACCUCCACAUCACCUUGUUGCUUCUGCCACGCCUGGAGCAGUAUGACUCCACUGUGAUGUUCGGCAUAAAGUCCAGGCUAUGGAAUGGACGUCACGAUGGCAUGAGCUUCAAGGUGCACCGCAUAGACUGGGUGGAUGACGGAGUCGGUCGAGGCGAAGAGCGCAGCGGCGAGGCCCGACGAAAGCGCCUUCGCACGCUCAUGCAGACAGGGCGUAUCUGUACGGGACCCGCCAUGGCCAAGAUGGACAAACUGCGCCAAAGUGGUGUUCAAGUUCCCCGGGCAGUUGAUGGCCCGGAACGGCCAACACCUGUUCAGGCAGUGUCUUAA